UGACGGAGGGAAUCAAAAGAAUGUACAAAAGUUGUUGAAUUCAAUUGCAGGGCCCAAUGGUAGUGGGUCACACUUUUUGAUUUAUGGAAAGCCAAAGAAAUGGCAAGUUGAAUGGUCAAAAAGUAAGUGCCAAAACCCGUCAUGAGACUUUUACACACUGGACACUAACCAAUUAAUUAACAUCUAACCAGGCUUUAUUAAUUAUUAUUAGUCCUGUAAAUCCUUCUCCUUUGCCAACAGAUUUGUCCUGUAAAUCACUGAUUAUAAUUUGGUCAAUUUGGAAACCAAUCUUAAUUAAUGAGAAAUUAAUUCAUCUUAAAAUCCCGGAAAGAAGAAAGAAACCGACAAAAAUCGUCCAAAAUGAUUUGUGCCCGUCCUUUGACCGCCUGCCACCUGGCCAUUCCUGCAUCCCACAUCAUUGCACCGCCCAGUCCCCAGCCAAAAGAAAGCGGGAAAGAAACAAAACAGAAAACGGAAGAAAAAUAAUAAUAAAAAGCCGAGAAAAAAAAUUGAAAUUGAAAAAAAAAAAUUAACAUGAAAUGAAAAGGCGGAAAAAAGAGGGAAAAAUAAAAAAUAAAAGAAAACAGAGGGAGAGAAGAGAGAGAGAGAGGAAGGCGAUGAAUUGAUGCCAUUAUACGCUUAACUUUCCUCCACCACCACCAUCAACGUCUAUGGAUCUAUCGUCUCCUCCUCCUCCCUCUCUUUCUCUCUCCGCUGUCUGAUCGCCGCCCACUCCUCGAUUUCCUUCCCCCCUCGUCGCCGGUUCCGCCACCGCCUCCCUUCUCCCCGGAGAUCGUUGCCCGCCUUCAUCGGUAUGUCCUUGGAGCUCCCUCCGAUUCACCACUCUCUCUCUCUCCGUUUCUCUUCCUUUGACUUUUGUCCUUCCGUUCCUCCUCCGUCCUCUCCCUCUCUCUCUUCCCUCUCUCCCCGGUCGGUGUUUAAGGGGUUUAGAUCGGCUUUUAGAUGGACAGAUCUUGUUGGCGAUUGAUUCUCUCGUUCCUUUCCUUCAUGGGUGUGGCCUGCUCAUCCUGUGCUUGCUGCUACACGAAAUACCUUCCCGUUGUUCAAUUCGUUUCUCUAAGCCUCCGUUUCUCAAGUUGAUGUGUUUUAUGGCUGUGUGUUUCGUGGUUGUCUGCAGAUCUCUCGUGUAUUUCCUUCUUUUUGUGGCGUCUGUAUCGGCUUCGCCGGCGAUUUGGUUUAGCCGGGUCAAAGGUGGAAUAGUGAUUUUUUUUUGGGAACAAUUAGGGGUUGCUAAACCAAUCGUUGGACCUUUUUUUUUAAGAGAUGGAAUUCCAUACUUAACAUAUGAUAGGUUCAUGGAGUUUCUAUGGAAAUUAAUGCCCUUGCUAAUUUGUGUGUUUUCUGCUCUCAGAGAAGAGGGGGUUUUUUUUUUUUUGAAAUGUUUCUUGAGACUUGAGAGGUGUAUGGAUUGGGUCAGUCAGGUGUGUUAGGGUACACAAGUUUUCCAAGCUCGUUUUUGCUAAUGCUUUUGAUGUUAUGGCAGGUGAUGCUAUGUCCUGUUGAAGGGGAACUGUAAGCGCAAAUCAAAGGACAUUGUUCUCAGGGUGUCCAACCGAUGGCUUCUGUGGGUAUUGCACCUACCUCUGGUUUGAGAGAAGCUACUACUCAUAACGCAGCAGGUGUUGACAGGUUACCUGAAGAGAUGAAUGACAUGAAGAUUAGAGAUGAUAAAGAGAUGGAAGCAACGGUGGUUGAUGGAAAUGGAACAGAAACUGGUCAUAUCAUUGUUACAACAAUUGGUGGUAGAAAUGGGCAGCCAAAGCAGACUAUAAGCUACAUGGCAGAGCGUGUCGUAGGCCAUGGAUCUUUUGGGGUGGUUUUCCAGGCAAAAUGCUUGGAGAAUGGAGAAACUGUUGCAAUAAAGAAGGUUCUUCAAGAUAAGAGGUACAAGAACCGUGAGUUGCAAACCAUGCGCCUGCUUGACCAUCCCAAUGUGGUCGCUUUGAAGCAUUGCUUCUUCUCAACUACGGAAAAGGAUGAACUUUACCUCAAUCUGGUUCUUGAGUAUGUCCCUGAAACUGUGCACCGUGUGAUCAAACACUACAACAAGCUAACUCAGAGGAUGCCGUUGAUCUAUGUGAAACUUUAUGCAUACCAGAUAUUCAGGGCAUUGUCAUACAUUCAUCGUACUAUGGGAGUGUGCCAUCGAGACAUUAAACCCCAAAAUCUUUUGGUAAAUCCACACACACAUCAGGUUAAGUUGUGUGAUUUUGGCAGUGCAAAGGUCUUGGUGAAAGGGGAACCAAAUAUAGCUUAUAUUUGCUCAAGAUAUUAUAGAGCGCCUGAGCUUAUAUUUGGAGCGACUGAAUACACUACAGCUAUUGACAUUUGGUCAGCCGGUUGUGUUGUUGCUGAGCUGCUACUUGGACAGCCUCUAUUUCCUGGCGAGAGUGGAGUUGACCAGCUUGUAGAGAUAAUCAAGGUGUUGGGUACUCCAACUAGAGAAGAGAUCAAGUGUAUGAACCCAAACUAUACGGAAUACAAGUUCCCUCAGAUCAAGGCUCACCCGUGGCACAAGGUAUUCCACAAGCGCAUGCCUCCAGAGGCAGUUGAUCUUGUCUCAAGACUCCUGCAAUACUCCCCCAACCUACGAUGCACAGCUCUGGACGCCAUGACACACCCGUUCUUCGAUGAGUUACGUGACCCAAACACACGCUUGCCAAAUGGACGAUUCCUUCCACCGCUAUUUAACUUUAAAGCUCAUGAGAUGAAGGGGGUGCCCGUGGAGACUUUAGUUAAGUUGAUACCAGAGCAUGCGAGGAAGCAGUGUCCGUUUCUCGGAUUAUGAUCUCUGGACUGUAACAAAGGCUCAGCAGGUGUUUCCUGGAUUGUGACGCGUGAUGUGCGCUACCUACAUUGUCACACGAUUGGACAAUCGUCUUAAUCAUCAUCGUCAUCAUCUUAUUAUAUAAUGAUGUUAAAAUUUGUUUCUCUGUUGUGGGUUCGUUUGAUAUAAUUUUUGUUGUUAAGAGAAGGAAAAAGAACAACAGAUUUAGUGAAUUACCUGCUUUUAAUGUCUGUGCAAACCCGAUGACAACCCCCUCAGCGUCUUAUUCUUCUACAACCUGAUGUAUUCUGACUCUGUUUCUUGUGUCUCGUCGUGUGUCAUAAGUAAUUUGUAACAAAGCUUACUGUAGUGAACUUAAAGGACGGAUGGACGAAUCUCAUUUGUUAUCUUCUUCAGUGUAAUGUAACUUUUGCUUUCAUGGGUAAAGGGGGGUAAAAACAGGGAUGAAUGGAACUAUGAGCACUUGUGUGUGGUUUGAUCGUUCUGGUUUUCACAUUGUUGUUGCGGUGUAGGAAUUUUGAUUGACAAGCUUAUUGGUAUGAUUUGGUCGGUUUUGUUUAAGAUAUUUUGUUCUAAUUUAAUUUGAAUGGACUGAUCAUUGUCUCCUGUUUUCCAUUAGUCAUUAAUAUUGCUACUGUGACUGUCAUCUACAUUCUGAUCGGCCUUCAGCUUAAUGGUCCAUGGUAGCCUGUAGGUGUUUCUGAUAUCGACCCUCUGCUUAAUAAAACUAUUGCCUACAUCCUAAUUUGUUCGUACCUGGAUCGUACUAGGCGGUUUUGCGAGAUUUUACUGGCUUCGAGCGGCUUUCGAUCGUCAGAGGCGGUCUCCGAAACCCUACAAGAAAGGUCCUCAAGAGGGAAUCCUGGAACCUUCUCCGAUGUCAAAGUUAGAGAGCGAAGUGAAUGAGUUGUGAAUAAGGGAGAGAAUGAAGU